GUUUAUAAAGAGAGGUGUCUGACGCACAGCACGUCCGUCACUUCUCUCUCUCUGUGUGACAGGCUCUCAGCAUGUCUGAAAACCAGCCGGGGCUCGUGUAUCUGAUCACAGGGGGAUGCGGUUUCCUAGGGAAGCACCUACUGAGGAUUUUGCUGGAGAAGGAGGACAGACUGCAGGAGAUCCGGAUCUUUGAUAAACACAUAGACUCGAGUCUAAAUGAGCUCAGCACAGAGUCGACAAAGGUGGUGGUCAUCCAGGGGGACAUCACAGACUACAGCAGCGUCCUGGAGGUCUCCCGGGGGGUGGAUGUUGUCAUCCACUCAGCAAGCUUGGUGGACGUCUGGCACAGAGUCCCGGAGACCAUCAUCCACUCUGUCAACGUCACAGGAACAGAGAACGUGAUCAACGCCUGUGUGGAGUGUGGCAUCCAGUCGCUGCUCUACACCAGCAGCAUGGAGGUGAUCGGUCCAAACGUCAAAGGAGACCACUUUGUCAGGGGCAAUGAAGACACACCUUACAAUGUGUACCACACCAUGCCGUAUCCAAAGAGCAAGGCGAAGGCAGAGACGAUCGUACUUGAAGCUAACGGCGCCGAGGUGAAAGGUGGAAAGCGUUUGAACACUUGCUCUCUGAGGCCCACGGGGAUCUACGGCGAGGGCCACGAGUUAAUUAAAGAUUUCUACAAGCAGGGUGUACAAAGAGGAGGUUUGAUCAUCGGCGGUGUUCCAGAUGAAACGGAGCACGGGCGAGUCUAUGCAGGCAAUGUGGCGUGGAUGCAUGUCCUAGCAGCACGAGCCCUGAGAGAGCGCCCACAGACUGUCGGAGGGGAAGCUUUCUUCUGCUAUGACGACUCACCCUACGAGAGCUAUGAGAAUUUCAACAUGCUGUUCCUGUCUGCGUUCAACUUCCGGAGGGUCCGCAUGCCCUUUAUGGUGCUCUGGUUCCUGGCCGUGUUUAAUGACAUGCUCCGCUGGAUACUGAGCCCCUUUACUAACUACACGCCGUUGCUGAACGGUUACACCUUCGCCGUUGCUAGUACCUCCUUCACUGUGUCCACAAAUAAAGCCCUGCGUCACUUUCAGUACCGACCUCUGUUCAACUGGGAGCAGUGUCAGGCUCGUACACAGUCAUGGGUUGACACAUUUCCCAUGGAUAAACCCAAAAACUCUUAAUGUUACCUCAACUACUGCAACACACAUCAGAAGCUACUCUGUAGACACACAGGACUCCAGCGUAUGUGUAAUAAUGGAGUGCAUAGAGACGGCUUGGAGCUUACAGUAUUUAUGGUGGAAAAUCUAUUGUUGUAUUAAUGUUCAUACUCAAGUGUAACAGGCAUAGCAUCGUUAUACAGAUACCAUAAUAAAAGCUUUUGUUCUGAUGAGGCACAUCAACUCAAACAUUAGAACUAUAAACAGGAGCUGCGUGUAAACGCGCCGUUAUCUUGAAUGAUCAGAAGUUAUAUCCGUAUUAGAUAAAUGCAGAAGUAUACAUAACUUAAUUCUGACAGUGUUCAAACCACGGACAAGCUUUAACUACAUGAAUAAGGAUUACACUUCUGUAUUUUCUUAAUAUAUAUAAUUUUCAGAUUUUUUUAUAAUAGCAUGUUGAUAAAUGUACAUUAAAUGUUUUUUGUAAUUUGUAUUAAAGCUAAUUUAUUAUAUA